AUGACAGGACCAGCACCUCUUUCAAAAUGUUGUUUUCCUGGUCAGGAGACUUCCUUUGUUACAUUAAAAAAUGAUAAAAGAAGAAUAGAAGAUGUAGAAGUUGGUGAUGAAGUUAAAGUCAUUACAGAUCAGUUAGAAUUUAGAUACUCCAGAGUCUAUGCUCUGGGUCACAAGAAUAAAGAUAGAAAGACUAUGUUUAUUGAAUUAGGAACCGCGAGUAGUCGAAUACCAAUCAGUCCACGACAUUUCAUAAAAAUUUACGACAAUGGAAAUAUUAUUGAAAAAUUUGCUAAAGACGUGAAGAUUUGUGAUUGUUGUUUUCCUGGUCAGGAGACUUCCUUUGUUACAUUAAAAAAUGAUAAAAGAAGAAUAGAAGAUGUAGAAGUUGGUGAUGAAGUUAAAGUCAUUACAGAUCAGUUAGAAUUUAGAUACUCCAGAGUCUAUGCUCUGGGUCACAAGAAUAAAGAUAGAAAGACUAUGUUUAUUGAAUUAGGAACCGCGAGUAGUCGAAUACCAAUCAGUCCACGACAUUUCAUAAAAAUUUACGACAAUGGAAAUAUUAUUGAAAAAUUUGCUAAAGACGUGAAGAUCGGUGAUCUUGUUUAUGUUAUGAGGGAUGGUGAAACGGCAACUGAAGCAGUGUUAGAUACUAAAACUGUAUACAAGGCCAUAGAGGGUGAAUCCCAGAUUUUGGAUGGUGUUAUAAUCGUCAACAAUGUUCUAGUGAGCUACAAAAACUAA